CCUUUACGUCAACGGAGCGCACUUGGCAUGUGUUUUUGUGGGUGUGACUCUGCAGUCAAGAGAAUUUAAGAAGAAGUCCUGUGGAGCGCUUGGCAUCUCGCACAAUGAGUUUGAACGCGAAAGACAAAGCCGCCGUCAAGGCGCUGUGGGCCAAGGUCUCCAAGUCCACUGAUGCCAUCGGAAGUGAGACACUGAGCAGACUCUUCUGCUGUUACCCUCAGACCAAGACAUACUUCACCCACUGGUCUGAUCUCAGCCCGGGCUCUGCUCCAAUCAUGAAGCACGGCAAACUGAUCCUGGCCGGUGUGUCCCUGGCUGUGAAGAACAUAGAUGACAUCAACAAAGGCUUGCUGGAACUCAGUGAGAAACACGCCUUCCAGCUCAGGGUCGACCCAUCCAACUUCAAGUUGAUGGCCCAUUGCCUCAUGGUCGUCAUUUGCAUGCUGUUCCCCAAUGACUUCACCCCUGAGGCCCACGUGGCUUUUGACAAAUUCAUGAACAACGUGGCUCUGGGUCUGUCUGAGAGGUUCCGUUAAAAAAUGUGACGGAAACAUGUAACUUUAGCUAGAAGAAUGUUUUAAUAAAGUGCAUUCAGACA